ACAGCGUUAAAAAAAACUACAGUUCCUAUUGCUGAAGACUUUCUGUGCUUCUCGUGGACUUUGAAAAGACAGCCCAGUUUCCUAUAAAUUAUCAAUAGUAUGUGAUUUAACAGCUUCGCUGAUUGAAUUACCCUAGAAACUUUUUUUCUUGACCUCUUGUUCAUCUGCAUGGUAAUCUGGAAAUCCACCUAAUUGCCUUAAUAUGUUUAAUAACUGUUCUUCUGGUGGUGUUAUUUCGGUAAACAAGUGACUGAACUGCAGAGGCUGGUCGUUCUAGAAAAGAACCCAAUCAUUUUAGAGGUUUCGCUUCACUUUAGGUAGUGGUGGUGUCUCUUGUUUUUAAAAUUAAAGAGCAAGCACAAUGAAAGCGGAAUGAUGUAAAAUUUCCGUGUUUUUUAUAAUUUCUUGACCAAAUUUUGAAAAUCCUCAUUUUUUAGCAGCAGUUGGGCUACCGUUUAGAAAGUUACUAAUGCAUCAAAUCCUUAUUUUGUGUUAUAUUUAUGAAGAUGGUAUAUACCUCUGUGUUAUAAAGGAAUUUUGUCUCUUUUGCCUUUUUUAGUUGCUUUUUCUUAACAGCUUUGGGGUACAGUUCACAUACCAUAAGUGUUAUCCACUUAAAAUCAUACAAUAUGUGAUCUUUUAUGACUGGCAUCCUUCAUGUAGCAUAAUGUUUAGGAAAAUAUGUUUUAAAUCUCAUAAAGAACUGACCAAGAUUAUCCUAAUAUUCCAGCUGCUGGUAUUUUAAUUGGUUCUAACACUAGGAAUUCUUUUAAAAAAUUAGCCCCUGGACAUUAGCCAUUAGACACUGUUGCAAAGAAGGGUUGAGAUGGAUUAUCCUGAAUAAGUAAAUAUUUAGGUAGUUUCUGAGACAGCUUUAUUAAUGUAUAAGAACAAAUACUCUAUUAAUGUUUAGAAUCCGUCUUGGUUUUGUUUUCUAAAUAGAAUUGUAUUAACAGUUUGUUUUUUCUUAAAUAGACUAUUUCUUUUAUAUAGGUCUCAUUGGUACAGACUGAUCCAAAAAUCAAAACUAGUUUCCUUGCUAGUGUUUCUUGGAAAGUGCUAAUAAGAUUUACAGUAAAGAUAAGUCAAGUUUCCCUCUUUGGGAGAGAAGGUAUUUGUUCAUGAAACAGUACCUUUACAUUGAGGGGGGAAAAUGUUCUAAAUUAUAUAAAGCCACCAUUUCUAAGGUCUUUUCACAACAAAUUAGAUUGACUUUGCAAAGGUCUUAAGUUUUUCAUUGGGAGGUUAACAAAUGGAGGUUUAGAUCCUUUCCAUUUUUUCCACUUCUGUUGUUCCCCUUUAAUAGAAAACGGUUAUGUCUUGGGUUGCUGCCUUUUUAUUUUCCCCUUAAGAAAAUGAUCAAGAUCUCCAAAAUGUCUCCUUUUCCCAAAGCCUACUUUCAGGGUGACUCUUAGAACUACUUUUUAAAUUGUUUAGCUGAUUAUGUAUCCAAGUAAACCUUUCCAGAGACCCUCCUUUUUCCCCCUCUCUCCGCUUUAGACAACUCCUAAAAAUGCUUGAAAAUUAAAGCUUCUGUUGACUUGGAAAAAAACUUGUAACAGUCUGUUUCAUUUCAGGAUUCAGGAUAGAUUCCUAUCCUUUACGGUUCAGUUGUUUUGUUUGUAGCUUAUUUCAUUAGUUUUACAAGGCCCCUUGGGAUCCAGUAACAGUGGCCACCAUUGAAUGAUGACUGUGUUGCAGACUAAGCAUGGAUCCUUCCUAGUCCAGUGAGCAUUUAAAUCAAACGGUAUUGAGAUGGAUUGGGUUAUGAAACAUAAUGGUCCAAAUGACGCUAGUGAUGGGACAGUACGACUUCGUGGACUGCCAUUUGGUUGCAGCAAAGAGGAAAUAGUUCAGUUCUUUCAAGGGUUGGAAAUCGUGCCAAAUGGGAUAACAUUGACGAUGGACUACCAGGGGAGAAGCACAGGGGAGGCCUUCGUGCAGUUUGCUUCAAAGGAGAUAGCAGAAAAUGCUCUGGGGAAACACAAGGAAAGAAUAGGGCACAGGUAUAUUGAGAUCUUCAGAAGUAGCAGGAGUGAAAUCAAAGGAUUUUAUGAUCCACCAAGAAGAUUGCUGGGCCAGCGACCAGGACCAUAUGAUAGACCAAUAGGAGGAAGAGGGGGUUAUUAUGGAGCUGGGCGUGGAAGUAUGUAUGACAGAAUGCGACGAGGAGGUGAUGGAUAUGAUGGUGGUUAUGGAGGUUUUGAUGACUAUGGUGGCUAUAAUAAUUAUGGCUAUGGAAAUGAUGGCUUUGAUGACAGAAUGAGAGAUGGAAGAGGUAUGGGAGGACAUGGUUAUGGUGGAGCUGGUGAUGCAAGUUCGGGUUUUCAUGGUGGUCAUUUUGUACAUAUGAGAGGACUGCCUUUUCGUGCAACUGAAAAUGAUAUUGCUAAUUUCUUCUCACCACUAAAUCCAAUCCGAGUGCAUAUUGAUAUUGGAGCUGAUGGCAGAGCAACAGGAGAAGCAGAUGUAGAGUUUGUGACACAUGAAGAUGCGGUAGCUGCCAUGUCUAAAGAUAAGAAUAACAUGCAACAUCGAUACAUUGAACUUUUCUUGAAUUCAACUCCUGGAGGCGGCUCUGGAAUGGGAGGUUCUGGAAUGGGAGGCUACGGCAGAGAUGGAAUGGAUAAUCAGGGAGGCUAUGGAUCUGUUGGAAGAAUGGGAAUGGGGAACAAUUACAGUGGAGGAUAUGGUACUCCUGAUGGCUUGGGUGGUUAUGGCCGUGGUGGUGGAGGCAGUGGCGGUUACUACGGGCAAGGUGGCAUGAGUGGAGGUGGAUGGCGUGGGAUGUACUAAAAGCAUAACCACACAUAUAAAAGUCCUGACAAACAGCAUCUGGUCUACUAGACUUUCUUACAGAAUUACUUUCUUUUGUAUUUUAAGAACUUUAUAAUGACUGAAGGAAUGUGUUUUCAAAAUAUUAUUUGGUAAAGCAACAGAUUGUGAUGGGAAAAUCUGUUUUCUGUAGGUUUUAUUUGUUGCAUACUUUGACUUAAAAAAAUAAAUUUUUAUAUUCAAACCA